GCAUGUCUCUCCAGAACCGCUCCGAUAAGCGAGCGGCCAAAAAUCCGCAGAAAAUAGACGGAGGAGAGAGAGAAUUGGGGGAAUUUUAGAGAGAAAGAGACGCUGAUUUCAUAAACAUGAGCGCCAAGGGCGCAUUUUAGAGAGAGAAACAUGCAGCAGGAGAAGGGGAUUUGGCAAAACAGCGCGAGUGAGCGAGCCACUGAUCUGGUAACUGAAAUCUUAGAGAGAGAAAGAGGAGAGAGAGGAGGAUGAUAGGAGAGAGAAGAUUGAAGCGUCCGGAAGAGAGACGAGAAGAGUAAUUGCGAGGUAUUCGGGAGGAGAGAGAAUUAUUGGGAAGCAUCAGAGAGGGAGCAAUUGGGAAAUGUAACUGUGAGAGGGAGAGAGGAGAGAGAAAGGGAGAUCUAGCCGCGAUGACCCCUCGACCUCAUCCCCUCCCUCCCUCUGCAAAUCCUCAUUAAACCUCCAAACCCUAAUUCCGUCCCCUCAAGAAUCUGAUUACCCGGAGAGCAAAACCAGCUAGAACACCAGGCUCUCAAUCUCUCCUCUCGAAACCCUAAUUCGACCUUCAACGCCCUAUUCCCACCGCUAAAACUCCGGUUUCUGUUCCCCAUGGCCUGAAACCCAAUUUACUGAAGACCCCAAACCCCUGAUUUUCCUCCUCACCAUGGAUGAACCAGAAGAAGACGACUCCCCUUCUCGUCGUUUUCUUGGUCCCCUGCGCGUCCCUUCCUCUUCCCCUCCUCUUGAGCUUGACGAAAGCGAGGUCAUAUGGUCCACCGAUUACUCCUCUGGAAAAUCCCCUGAGAACUCGCCACCCACCUCAAAACCCUCCCCUGAAACUCCCCCAUCGAACUAUCAUCGUCGCCAUGGCUUCAAACCAGCUAGAUUUGGCCUCUCUGCUGCUUUAUCCGAGGAUCAUAGAACCCUAGUCCAACGCCAAGCUGGUCUAAACCCUAGCUUCGCGGCUCGAGCAAUUCCUCCUGUUCCCAUUCGACAAGGUUCGUCUGGUUCUGAUGAUUUAUCAAGUGCUGGUUCUGGUAAAUUCCAUCAAUCAGCGCCUGUAAAUGUACCUGUUUGGUCUGGUAAGAGAGGAGAGGGAUUGAGAUCGAGGCAUGGGAUUUUCGAGGAAGAGAGCGAUGAUUUCGAUGAGGAGAGGAUGCCACCCCAUGAGAUAGUAGCGAGAUCACACAUGGAUAACUUCUCUGUGUUCGAAGGGGUUGGAAGGACCUUGAAGGGCAGGGAUCUUAGAAGGGUGAGAAACGCAGUUUGGCAGAAGACAGGUUUCUUAGACUGAAACGUUUCUGUCAUCCUCUUCUUUCUGUUCUUCUUUGUGCUUUUGCUGUUCAUUUCAGGCCUUUUCUUUUUUUUAGGGAUUUUAUUCUUAUGGUGUAAUUGUACUAUUCUUUGGGAUAGUUUUUUCCUUUUUCUAUGUUGGUGGUGUUAUUUUUGUGGGGUUUAUUGGUGGCUUUGGAAGUUCCACGACUAAUUCUGAUUGAUAAUCCUUUUGCUUUCGGCUGUGGGAUUUUUUUGUAUGGGUUCAAUGGAAACGUGGUGUUCCAAUUAUUGAGGUUUCUUGGUGCU